AUGGGUGGUGGUAGUGGAACCGCCAGAGGUACAGGUGUAGUCAGAUCAAGAAGGCAGGUGUGGACUAUUGAAACUGCAUAUGGUGGUCCGAUUGAUGUCAUUCUCGGCGUGAACGGCUAUAUUUGGAUUUCCAAACAUGUUCGUGACCCUUCGGAAGAAGAUAGCAGCGGAUCCAAGUCGAAGGUCUCGUUCACGCGACUGGAAGAUAUGGUUAGCACUUCGAUGUAUUCGAGUCAGAACGAUAAUAUCCCGCUGGCCACAAGAAAGGAAAUUACCCGAAUCGCGGGAUGUAUUCGCGUUCUGGUCGAGGGUGGAGUUAAGGUUGACCAGGAGACGGUUAUGAAGGCCUAUGAAGCCAGUUUGGCUCUGGAUGACGAGGAAGAGGAUAGUGACAUAGAGGGAGAUGACGGCCAGGGCAGUACUCGCAAAGAGGGUCGGUAUUAUCUUGGAGGUGAAAAGGCGAGCAGGCUUAUAGCUACUGUCUUGAGUCGGGGAUCCUAA